CCUGAAUACUACAAGGCAGGAGUGUAAGAUGGGGGUUAAUUUGGUGGAUUUACAAAGAAUGUAGUUUAGUUUUGAGUUAUUUUACACUAUUUUCAUUUUGGAAAUGAAUUAUGUUGUCCAGGAUUUAUGAUUACGUGAUUAGUCUGGUGACUAGAACCUCUCAAGCUCAAAGAAUCCUUCUUGACCUUGAUUUGGUUGAUAUCAUCGUUUCUUUGUUCAAGGAUUUAGAACCUGUCAGUUAUAAAGUUCAUGACCCGAAAGUUUUAUCUGAAUUCCAGGCUCAUUGUGGAGAAAAGCUGAAUCCAUACAUAUUUUCUGAAAUACAAAGUGGUUCAAAAGAACAUGAAAGAAUUACAGAUUUGGUGAUGAAAAAUCUGGAUAUAGACUCUAAAUAUCGUCAUUUGGUUUUGGAUUCUGUUGUACAAAUGUGUAAAUUCUAUUCAGAUUUAAAGAAAUUUGACGAAACUUGUCUAGUAGAAAUCUCAGAGAAAACCCACGCCAAGCAUUUUGAGAGAAUUUGGAAAGUUCUGGAAAACAGAAAGCUUCCAAAGUCUUUGCAUGUUUGCAAGUCUGAUGAUUUUAAUAGUUGGGGGUGUUUAGGGUUCCAAAUGCCGUUAACUGAUUUUAGGAAAACUGGUUUCCUGGGGCUUUUAUCACUCGAAUGGAUGGUUGAGACCUACCCUGAAACCUCAAGAAAGGCCUUAGAAUUGUCUAGAAAUGAACAAAAUUGGUUCCCUUUUACACUUACUAGUAUUAAUGUCACAUCUUGGGUUCUUGAUUUUUACAAUGAGGGGAAACUAAAUUGUUUCAGUUACAACAACGACACUGAACCACUGGAGACUUUUUACACUCUGCAUUCAUACUUCUUUUUAAAUUUUGUCAAAUUCUUUCUCAACUCAAAUUUAAACAAUGAUAUAUUAAAUUUUAACAAGAUAUCUAAAGAAUACAAAAGUGAACUGGGUAAUAAAUUUAAAAAAAUACUAAAUGAAAAUAAAUCGGAUAAAUUACAUGGAAACAACUUGUUAAAGAAUCUUAAAGAGGAGUUAAAUGUUUUAGAAUUAUAUAUUACACGUUAA